UACAUAACUCGUAACCGCGACAAGCGAGAACAGAAAGGAUGGAGUUGGUUAACGCGUACACGAAGAAGCGCAGUUCGUUUGGACGACAGCCGCUGUUCUGCGAGCAGGGGCCCGCCCUGUGCGACAGCGUGCCGAGCGACCCGGCCGCGCAGCGCGGCUACGUGCUGCGCAACCCCGUGCACCAGCCGGUGCAGCACGGGCCGCGCACGUCCGCGCACACCGUCAACACGGCCAGGGCCGAGUACACAACGACGGGCAGCAAUCACGCGGAAGGCGGCUGGCCGAAGGACGUCAACGUGCUGGACCCCGAGGCGACGCAGCGCUACCGCAGGAAGAUCGAGAAGGACGAGAACUACAUCCACUGCGCCAUGUCACUAUCGCCGGGAAUGGACCACUACGUGAUGCAGAACAACGCCAUCGACAUGUACCAGACGUACUACACCGAGCUGGCCGCGCAGCCGCCGCUCGAGCGCUGCAGCGUGCGCACCGUCAACGUGUACCGCGACCCGCUGGCCGGCGGCGGCGGCGGCGGCGGCGGCCGGCCCGUCAGCUCCGUCGCCUGGACGCCCGACGGUGCCGGCUUCGCCGUGGCGUACGCCGCGAUGGACGCGCACCUCGCCCCGCGCGCGCCGCUGGACGCGUUCGUGUGGGACGCGGAGAGCGCAGCGCGGCCGGCGCAGACGCUGCGGCCGCCGGCGACGCUGCUCGACCUGCAGUGCAGCCCGCGCGACGUGCACGUGCUGGCGGGCGGGCUGGCGAGCGGCCAGGUGGCCGUGUGGGACCGGCGGCGCGGGGCGGCCCCCGCCGGCGCCAGCCCGCCGCACGCGGCGCACCGCGAGCUCGUGCGCGGCGUGCUGUUCGUCAACUCCAAGUCGGGCCGAGAGUUCUUUUCGGGCGGGCCCGACGGCGUUUGCAAGUGGUGGGACAUGCGUGACCUCAGCGCGCCCACCGACGAGAUGAUCGUCGACGUGGUGCACUCGUCGUUCGAGGCGCAGAGUCGCGCGCGCGCUCUCGGCGUCAGCGUGCUGGAGUACGAGCCCACGAUCCCGACACGCUUCAUGGUGGGCACCGAGAACGGGCUCGUCGUCGGAGGAAAUCGCAAGGGCAAGACGCCGACGGAGAAGCUGCCGGCCCAGUUCGAGGCGCACUUCGGUCCCGUGCGGUCCCUCGAGCGCAACCCAUCCUUCCUGAAGAACUUCCUGACGGUGGGCGACUGGACCGUGCGCGUCUUCAGCGAGGACUGUCGCGAGUCCGCCGUGCUGUGGUCGCCGCCGCAGCGCCGACGAGUGACGGCAGCGGCCUGGAGCCCCACGCGCCUGUCGCUACUGCUGGCGCUGCAGGCGGACGGGCGGCUGGCGGCCUGGGACCUGCUGCGGCGGCAGCACGAGCCGGCGCUGGCCGUGCGCGUCAGCGUGGAGCCGCUGCUGAGGAUCAAGAUGCACGACGGCGGCGCGCUGGCGGCGUGCGGCUCGGGCGCCGGCCACGUGUACAUGGUGGAGCUCGCGCAGAGCCUGGUGCAGUCCGACAAGAACGACAAGGCGCUGCUCACCGCCGUGCUGGAGCGCGAGAGCCGGCGCGAGCGAGUGCUGGAGGCGCGCGCGCGCGAGCUGCGGCUGAAGCUGCGGCAGGCGGAGGAGGGCAGCGCGGCCGCGUCGGAGGAGCCGCCCGACGAGCGCGCCCUCGCCGACGCCGCCGCCGAGUACGCGGCGCUCGUCCGCCGGGAGCUCGCCGCCCUGUAGCGCGCGCCUGCGGCUGGGGCGACGGCCGGCGGAGGAGCCGCCCGACGAGCGCGACCUCGCCGACGCCGCCGUCGAGUACGCGGCGCUCGUCCGCCGGGAGCUCGCCGCCCUGUAGCGCGCGCCUGCGGCUGGGGCGACGGCCGGCGGAGGAGCCGCCCGACGAGCGCGACCUCGCCGACGCCGCCGCCGAGUACGCGGCGCUCGUCCGCCGGGAGCUCGCCGCCCUGUAGCGCGCGCCUGCGGCUGGGGCGACGGCCGGCGGGGGACGAGCGGGUGGUCGGACGUAGGCUACAGUAUAACAAUUAUUUUGUAUUUAGUCUAUAUUCCUAUUUUUAUUAUGUUUAAUUUAAUAAUUUAUACCUUGGUUGUUACUGAAUUAAAUAUUCGCAUUGACUUCACGCUAUUUAACUAACGAGUAUUAUUCCAUUUAUUCUUUAGGUACAUGUUAACGUUAGCCCUUGAAUACACUGACUCACAUGAUGGUAAGUGAUGAUGCAAUCUGAGAUGGAAGCGGGCUAACUUGUUAGGAAGAGGAUGAAACUCCACGCACCUUUCGGAUUGUACACGACAUCGUACCGAAACGCUGAAUCGCUUGGCGGUACGCCAUUGUAACUAUGGGUGGUAACUAGCCACGGCCAAAGCCUUCC